AUGGCGGACGCAAACCCGACCGGCUCCGGUAGCUCCACCUCCACUUCGCCCGGGGCCGCAACCACGCGGCCCGUGAGGCGGCGCAAGGUCCGCAAGGGCACGCAGAGCUGCUGGGAGUGCAAGCGCCGCAAGAUCCGCUGCACCUUUGCCUCGCCGGGGGUGCACGCCGUGUGCGACGGCUGCAAAAGCCGGGGGACGCGGUGCGUCGGCCAGGAAUACGAGGACGAGCCGGCGCCUGUGACCGUGGCCGCGGACCGAAGGGCCGAUCGCCCGCGGCUGAGCCGACACGAAAGCGUCCAGCAGGACGAAUCUCAACACACGUCUGACCUGAACAGUACUGUCACUAAACACCCGGUGCCGGACCCCUCCUCCUCCUCCUCCGUCGCCCUCGGCCUCGACGCCAGGUCGUCUGCCGAGCUCUCCCGACACCUCCUCUCCCUGUGGCCCUCUGAGCCGGACGUCGACCGCAUCCUCGCCGCGCAGGCGAACACCUCCUUCCUGCUGCACGGCAUCGUGUGCCAGCCGUACGAGGGCUACUUUGCGCGCCACCACGGCUCCUGGCUACGCCGCAGCUGUCUGCAGCGGCCCGCGGACGGCACGCAUCCGGUGCUCGUCGCGCGCAGCAUGCUGAUGCUCGUGACGCUGCUCGACGGCCUGCCGGCGGCCGGCGGCGGCGGCGGCGAUGAUACCGCGGGGGAAGCGCUGAAGGAGCGCCUGUACAGCGCAGCGGCAAAGCUGGUCACGGCCAACCACGAGCUCCCGCCGAGCCUGGAGGGCAUCGAGAGCCACCUGAUGGAGGUGAUGCACCUGGCCAACAGGGGCAACCUGCGGCGCGCGUGGCUGGUCAACCGCCGCGCCGUCAGCCUCGCGCAGAUGAUGGGUCUUCACGCGGCAACGACAAGCGGCAGCAGUUCGCGGUCAUCGUCGUCGGUGGCGGCGCUGCACCCCAGCACGCGCGCCCGCGUCCGCCCAGACUACGCCUGGUUCCGGCUCGUCUUCACCGACCGGCACCUGUCGCUGCUCCUCGGCCUGCCGCAGGCCACCACGGACAACGAGGCCUUCGCCGCGCGCGGCGUCCUCGAGGCGCACCCUCCUCUCGAGCGCUUCGAGCGCGUCAUGGGCGUCGCCUGCAGCCUGAUCCUGCAGCGCAACGCCGUCUCCGCCUCCUCCUCCUCCGGCGACCUGGACACGACGUACGAGAUUGACCGGACGCUGCAGCGCGCCGCCGCGCCCCCCCCGCCGAUCGGCUCGCCGGCCACGACGAGGCCGCCUUCGCCGAGACCACCCGGCUGA